AUGGCGAAUAAACCUAAAGUUUUGAUUACACGACCGGAUAUUCCUGGUAAAGGAUUAAAUCUUCUACACGAAAAAUGUGACGUUGUUUCAUGGAACAAACAAACACCUAUUCCUCGUUCAGAAUUAUUAUCAAAGGUACCUGGAGUAUCCGCUAUAUUUUGUACGUUAACUGAUAAAAUAGAUGAAGAAAUAUUGAAUACGGCAGGAGAACAAUUACAAGUAGUCGCUACGAUGUCGGUUGGCACAGACCAUUUAGAUUUAAAAGCGUUAAAAAAUAGAAAUAUUAAAGUUGGAUAUACGCCAAACAUAUUAACCAAUGCUACAGCAGAAUUGAUUGUAGGAUUGCUUCUAACAACUUCAAGGAGAUUAUUGGAAGCAAAUAAAGCAGUCCAUAGCGGUGAAUGGAAAGCUUGGGCACCAACAUGGAUGUGUGGUACAGGAUUAGCGAAUUCCACUGUUGGUAUCGUUGGACUUGGUCGUAUUGGGUGUAAAGUAGCCGAAUGUUUAAAACCUUUCGGUGUAUCUAAAAUUUUAUAUAUGAGUAGAACUGUCAAACAAGAAGCUUCUAAAUUUAAUGGAGAAAAAGUAGAAUUAGAUAAAUUAUUAGCAGAAAGCGACUUCGUUAUAGUAACUGUAGCUUUAACGUCAGACACCAAAGAAUUAUUUAAUACUCAAACGUUUGAAAAAAUGAAAAGAUCUGCUAUAUUUAUCAAUGCCAGUCGUGGAGAAGUCGUUAAUCAAAAAUCUUUAAUAGAAGCUUUAAAAAAUGGUACGAUUAAAGCUGCUGGUUUGGACGUCACAACACCCGAGCCACUUCCAUUCGAUAAUGAACUUCUAAAAUUAGUUAACUGUGUGGUUUUACCUCACAUUGGAAGUGCUACUAUUGAAACGAGAGAAGAGAUGGCUAAAAUAACAGCUGAAAAUAUUUUAGCUGUUUUGAGAGGCGCAACCGAUGAAAUGCCAGCACCACUUAAUUUAUAA